AUGUUCAUAGUUCUUAAUUUGGCCAAGCUGGGUUUCAACAGCACAGAUCCUGAGUUUUCAAUUGCCGAGAUGACAUCCAUCUCUCUGGAUAGUUAUAACCUGACCUUACAGAUCUUCGACAUGUUCCCACCCGAACAUGCCGAGCGGCUCCUUGGCACCACGCGAGAGCUCCAGGAUCUUGCAAUACAAAGAUUCGAGACCAUGCGGGUCAAGAAUGCCCAAGGCAUGCCCACCACAAGUAACCACCAGAAACUGGAGAAAGAAGCGCCCACGAAACUUCAUCGUAUUGCGUACCAAACUUUAUAUCUCGAGGUCACUAUACGUGCCUUUUGCAUUCGAUCUCAGAUUGAUCCAAAAACUAAGGUUAGUACUAGUUGUAUACCGUUAUCGGUAAAAAUCAUUCUCACCAUAUUUCUUUCGCAGCUUGGUCUUUACAGGAAGAUGGACGAAGCAAUCCAGUCAAUUCGGCAUCAGACGUCAAAGUACUUCGAGCACUACCCGGCGCGAGCAGAUAACCUUCGCAACCUCUGGGCAAACGAGUUCGAAGCUGCCACUGCCCUAAAGCAUUGGAAAUCUGUGUUCUCGAUAAUUCAAGACUGCAAACCCGUUUUCGGAGUGAACCUGUGCGAUUAUUUCAUGAAUUGUAUUCUCAGCUUCGACAUGCCGGAUGCCCACCGGGCAGAUGCCAUCCACGCAAUGAUAGGAAAUCUUUACGGAAACGAGGGAGUCGUGCCAGCACAUUUAGAUCGCCUUCGUGACUAUCUUCACUACCUCUUCACCUUUUCUCUUGCGGCAGCGGCGUCCCAGAACUCUGUGAUGCUGCGUGAUAUAUCCCAGAAGUGGCCGGAGGCAUACUACAGCAUGGCCGAGUCAGUCAUUGACCAGGCCAUUCUCACAGCGACCGAUGAUGCAUAUCUUCGGAGCGAGCAACAGCGCCAGACGCACCUCCAUUCCGACGACCCGGUCGUUAGAGACAAUCCGCAAUCAGAAUGUCAGCAGCGCCACCCCUAUCCAACCGAGGAGCUGGGCUACCUAGCUACGUGUUCGUUCAACCAGGCAAUGGACUUUUAUUCGGAGGAGAAUGACAAGGAAUGCCGGUGCUGGGCUGGGAAGGCUAUUCAACUCGCAGGGUUGAUGAGCAAUGUUGAGGGUAACAGACUGGUAACGCUAUUUAGGAAGGGUUUCGAAGGAUUGUUUUAG